AUGGAUCCCUUCGACAACCUCCCUGCCGAGAUCCGAAUUAAGAUCCUCGGAUCUAUUCACUCAUAUGCGACGACCGCUCGAUUGAUUCGAGCCUCACCAAUCAUGCUGGCCCAGUAUACGACUACUGAGUCAAGUAAUCUACGCAAAUACCUGUCGCAACUCAUCGGCACCGACGUAAAUGAUCAUGAACUUCUCCAAGACGCUCUAGCGAUCGUUGAGUUGGGCGAGAAUUACCACCAAGACGAUAUCUGCGAUAUUUUGCGCGAAUGGAAAGCCAAGACUCUCCCAUUACCUUUUGGCCGAGGUGACGACGGCACGAUCACCAAGCUUCGGCUUCUGUUUGAGCGCAUGAGCGAGUUUAUCGAUGACUACCUCAGCAAGGCAACAGCUCAGAAUACUGCCGAGGCGUAUCUUCAGGGCCCGCGCCGUACAUACAUCGAUACCGUUGACCCGCAGCGCAUCACUCUGCUUGACUUGAACCCGCAAGAGAGACUUCGUUUCUUCCAAGUGUUUAUCAAGUUCGAGGUCCACUGCAAGUUAAACAGCCCACGAGUCCAUAAAGCAAGGGACACGAUUCGAAUGAAGGUGCCGAAACUGGGCAGCUGGGAGAAGGAGGCUUCGAUGUGCGUAUAUGAGUACAUGCGAGCAUCCUAUAGCGCUAUGUUUGCCCAGUGUGUAGGCGCACAGAGGUUCAAGGACUACAAGAAGUUUUGUGAUCUUCAGAGGCAGAGCAGCCGCGAGACAGCAUUCUUUGUCGAGACAAUGUGCUACGAUCCCCGUUACCCCUUUCUUUGCUGCAAGAUUCCUCAGUAUGCAGCCGAUUUCCCCAUGUCGCUACCUUGGUGUGGGUUUGAUGUGUUGUUGCACCUGAUGAUGGAGGCGAAGACAGAACACAAACCCAUGUGGAUUGCGAAAAUGUGUUCAAGAUAUGACCGGAGGAGCUACGAAUCGGUUCAGUACAUUGUUGAGACUCAGCUGGAUAGACCCCCACCGAAUCGACGCUCACGAGAUUUCAGUCCCAGCGAGGCAGAAGCCCACCAGAUCCAGAAAGAGCAGCGCACCAUCCGCCGACAGAGAGCUCGGGCAUUCUUCGACGACGCGAGAUUGUGCCCUGGAAAAGAAGCCCACUUCCCUACAGAGGAAGAGAUAGAGACAGAGGUUGCGAGACUGGAAAUCGAACGGAGAAUGAAGGCGAAGAAGGAAUGGGAGGAGUAUUUUGCCAAGAAAAGGUCCAGCCCUCCUUGGUACAAGGACUCCCAAACGAAAGUCGACCCGAAUAGUUAUAUCAAGAACAGGGAAACACAAGAAGAUACAGAGAUUUAUGGUGGAUUUUUUACUCCUCCGCCAUUCUUUGCAUUGCCCGAGGCGAGACGUCUUGGAUGA